UCACAUGACGAUGUUUGCGGCUCAUUUUGAGUUCACGUGGAUACAUUUGGGUUCCAUCAUAUCUUGCCUAGUAACGUUAGCUAGUCUUUUCGGGCUGUCCGACUUUUACUUUACCUCCUGCAAAAUGUCCAAACUACAGUUGUUGAAUGUGUUUCUUACCAAGCGACUAACCGCGGCUGCUGUGGAGAUAUAUGUGGAAGUGGAAAAAACCAUAACAGAAUACGAGAACGAAAUUUCCAGUUCGAAGGAGGAGAUCAAGCGUUUACGGCGGCUGCUGGAUUUGGUUUUCAAUCCCGAAAUAAAAUUACAUCGAGCAGACCUACAUCAGCUCUAUCUCCCAGAUGAGGUUUCUCCUGAGCAGCAGGAGUGGAGCCCCAGUCUGAAGCAAGAGGACCCAGAGCCCUCACAGAUUAAAGAGGAACAUGAAGKCUGGACCAGUCAGGGGGGAGAACAGUUUAAAGAGCUAGAGCCUGAUACCAAAGAGUUAAUAUUCACUCCCUCUUUGGAAAAUCUGGAACCACCUCAGACCUCACAUCUUUUCCAAAUGCAAAUUGUGGUCUCACCCACCAGUACAACUAAAGAGAUCAAGAUGAAACCAUGUCACAUUGGUGAAAACUCUUCUUGUCAUAUUUGUGGUAAAUGUUUUGACUGUAAUUCUGGUCUGGAAAGGCAUAUGAGGGCUCAUACCGGYGAAAAACCUUAUUGCUGCAGUGAAUGUGGCAAAUGCUAUAGUCAGAUAGGAAAUCUGACAGUGCAUAUGAGGGGACAUACAGGGGAGAGAUCAUACAGAUGCUUUUUGUGUGGAGAAUACUUCAUCACAGCAUCCCAAUUAAAAUCACAUAAAAUCACUCACACGCAGGGGAGUAACAUAAUCCCGGGGACAUCCAAAAACAAAUCUCGUUUGUGUGCUGGUAACAGUCGUGAGACUAGGGAUGGACCGUAUCAGUGCAAGGAAUGUGUUAAAUCCUUCAGGCAGAAGAGGAACCUGUUACGGCAUAUGAGGAAUCACACAGGAGCAAUUAAUGCAGCAAAUGCUUCAACUGGAGUGGAAMAUUUUUUUUUAACAUGAUUUACACAGAGGAGAAAAUGUAUUUUGUGGCCACAUUUUAAUGCUCCAGCAACGAAUUCAAACAAGUGCAAUCCACAUCAGUGCAAGGACCUCAGAAAAUGGUUUGGAAAGAUUGGAUUCGGAUAUCUUGAAAAGUAAAUGAGAAACACCUUAUUCACCAGAGGGAGGAAACAUGAACGUGUCAUUUGGAUCAGUAUGAGUUGACUAAUGGACUUGUAGAACAUUAUCAAAUUAUUACAUUAUCACAUUUGUUGUUUUUGGCGAAGAUAUUUAGGAUUUGUAAGCAGUCUCAAACUUUUAUGAAUAAAAGUUGUACAGCUGUAUUCUAGAAUAUGGUGUGUUAAAAUUGACCAUUGAAUCUAACAUUUUGAACCUGGGGAUGAKCACAUUCCCAGUCAAUCCCCAUCUAAAUUGAUCAUGUGUUUCUGUUUCCUUCCUGCAAACUCUAUUAUCCUCUGCAGGUUGCGAGGCAGAUGUUUUUACAGAUGCUCUUAAACAUGACCGGCAUACAACAGUCUGUCUUUUCUGGGACAAACAUUACUGUGUUAAAAACAAAUGUAUGUUUUAAUAAAGAUGUGUUUUAAAUGGA